GUGCGCGAUACAGUGACCGGAAAACUUCUACAUUUCCGUUGCCAGCUCUGUAUUUGCCCAUUCAAUGACGAAAACGCUAAGGAGCAACAUCUUCGUGGACGUCGACAUCGGCUGGCGUAUCAGAAGAUGAUAGACCCUAAUUUUGCUGUCGAUGUAGAAAUGGAUCUUAAUCAACAAAAUCAGUUAAAGCAGACCUCAUCGAUUCCAAUCACAUCAUUUCAACCUGUCAUAUCUGUUUUGUCAGGCACGCAGACUGUACUUGUCUGCCCAAGUGACGAGGUCGAAUGCGAAAGCCGUAUUUCAAGUCCAAGUCAUCCUCCGUCUGUAUUGACUGGUUCCCCGGGCCCCUCGGUACUUGGAUCCGGUGCCAAGCGAAAGCAAGGAGGGCAGACGGGGCGAAUUGGUUUCGUGGAUAGAGUAAUACUAUCGUCAGCCGUUGGAUCUGGACAGAAAUCUGUCGGCUGUGAGGCUGCCGCUGGAAUAUCAAAAGGGUCGGUUGGUCAACUUGGAGGGCCUACGAUCAGAAGCACGAAUGCUGACUUUAUGACAACAACAAAUGAGGUGGGCUUAUAG